AUGGCCGGGUCCUCCUCCAGGUCUAACGAGACCCAUUCGAGACAUCCAACCCCACAAGCGCCUGCGAUCCUAUCCCGCGACUCCGAUAUUGAAGACACUUCUGCUGCAUUAAAAAGGACAUCAAGAGAUGGAGGGAAUUCUACCGAGUUGCGCAAGUUGCAUCACUCUCCAUUGCGACGUGGUGCUGGAGGACACAUUCAAGAUACGGUCCCAGUGAACGAAAAUGAAAAUGAAAGCGAUAGUGACAGCGAUGAAGAUCCCCGAUACAAGCGUCGCCUGCAGAGGGUGUCGACCAUGUCCAAAGAAUAUACCGAUGAAGAGGAAGCUGCCGUCGUACGGAAGCUCGAUCGCAAACUCGUUAUACUCCUAGGUUUCUUGUAUAUGCUGAGUUUUCUGGAUAGAUCAAAUAUCGGCAAUGCUCGCAUCGCUGGGCUAGAAAAGGACUUGUCUCUGUCCUCUGCCCAGUAUGACUGGCUUUUGACGGCCUUUUACAUCACAUAUAUUGGCUUCGAGUGGAUGAUCCUGCUGUAUCGACUUGUCCCAGCACAUGUGUACAUCUCUCUAUGUGUAUUGACAUGGGGGGUGGUUGCAAGUUUCCAAAGCAUAACGACAUCUUUCUCUCAACUUCUCAUCCUUCGCGGUCUACUCGGUAUCACAGAAGCAGCGUUUGGACCGGGGGUUCCCUUCUAUAUGACUUUCUUCUAUCGGCGGUCUGAAUUGGCUUAUCGUGUCGGUUUGCAGAUAUCGGCUGCACCACUAGCCACUAGUUUUGCCAGUUCACUCGCGUGGAUCAUUGUCAAGCUAAGUCAAAAUGGACCCAUCGCACCAUGGAGAGCUUUGUUCUUGGUCGAAGGCUUCCCUUCCAUCUUCGCCGCUGUCGCAGCGUGGUAUUAUAUUCCAGAUUCACCAUCCAAAGUGAGGUACCUCACACCAAGAGAACGAAAAGUCGCCGUGAUGCGGUUGCAAUCCGAACAACAAACCUCGCAUUCUCGUUCUGAUUCAGCAUCUACCAUGACUCUUGCCGAACGAUUGAACCUGAAGGACAUUUUGACCACUAUCCUUGACCCCAAAUCCUACCUGACUGCAUUGAUGUUUCUAAGCGUCAAUGUCGCAUUCAGUUCAUUGCCAGUCUUCCUCCCCACGAUUAUCAGCAGCAUGUCAUUCUCCCCUCUGGCCUCUCAAGCCCUAGCGGCACCGCCCUAUCUGUUCGCAUUCUUUUUCGUCCUAAUUAUUGGACGAUAUAGCGACAAAUACGCCGAUUCACGAUCACUGUUCCUCAUUGGAGUGUCUUUACUCAGCGCUAUAUCGUACGCCGGUAUCGCUCUCGCCGGCUCUCUCCAUGAAGCCCUAGGCGAUGUGGGCGGUAUUACGAUCCGCUAUAUAGGGGUAUAUGGUGCAGCGAUGGGUCUCUUUGCAUCCGUCACGCUGAUAAUCACUUGGACUCUCAACAAUCAAGCCACUGCGACCAGCAAGGGGACGGGACUUACGAUCCUUAAUGUCAUAGGCCAAUGUGGCCCUCUAAUCGGAGUCCACCUGUUCCCCGAAAGCCAAGGCCCUUUCUACAUCCAAGGAAUGGCCGUCUGUGCCGGUUUCAUGGCCCUUGGUGUUGCGGGGUUGGCUUUCGUGCUGAGAAUCGUGCUCAAGCGAGCGAACUCCAAGAAUGGUUUCUACACUGGUGGCGGUGGGAAGGGCCCAGAAGAGUAUGAGAUGGUCGAGUCGAACAUCCGGAGUAAAGACGAUGAUCAGGAUACUGAAGAGGUCGAGCAGACGCUGAUGGGCGCAGGGAGGAAGUUUAAUGCCGAGAGUGGUGGGGGAUUUCGUUACAUGCUUUGA